CACCUGCAGCCGCAGUGAGCAGCCAUGGCGUACUCCACAGUGCAGAGGGUGGCCCUGGCUUCGGGACUCGUCCUGGCUGUGUCUCUGCUGCUGCCCAAGGCGUUCCUGUCCCGCGGAAAGCGGCAGGAGCCGCCGCCGGACCCCGAAAGAACAUUGGGCCGAUUUCCACCUAUAAUGCAUCAUCACUCCACACCGUCACGUGGUCAGACCCCUGGGGCUCGUUUCCAGAGGUCUCACCUUGCAGAGGCAUUUGCAAAGGCCAGAGGAUCAGGUGGAGGCACUGGAGGAGGAGGCAGUGGACGAGGCUUGAUGGGGCAGAUUAUUCCAAUCUAUGGCUUUGGGAUAUUUUUAUAUAUACUGUACAUUUUAUUUAAGCUUUCAAAAGGGAAAACUGCAGAGGAUCGGAAAUGCCCUACUCCCACACCUGGAAACACACACAGGAAAAUUACCAAUUUUGAGCUUGCUCAACUGCAAGAAAAACUGAAAGAGACAGAGGAAGCCAUGGAAAAAUUAAUCAACAGAGUGGGACCUAAUGGUGAGAGAGCACAGACUGUGCCUUCUGACCAAGAGAAACGAUUACUGCAUCAACUCCGAGAAAUAACCAGGGUCAUGAAAGAGGGAAAGUUCACUGACAGAUCCACUCCAGAGAAAGAAGCUGAAGAAGCCCCUUACAUGGAGGACUGGGAAGGUUACCCUGAAGAGACUUAUCCAAUUUAUGACCUUUCAGAUUGUAUCAAGCAUAGGCAAGAUACAAUCCUGGUGGAUUAUCCUAAUCCAAAAGAGCCCUCUGCUGAAGAAAUAGCUGAAAGAAUGGGAGUGAUGGAAGAGGAGGAAUCAGACCGUUUGGGCUGGGAACAUCUGCCCACUGACCUCAGAGCCCAGGAAGAUAAUUCUGUUACCUCGUGUGACUCAAAGUCAGAAAUAUGUUCCUGCUGUUUUCAUGAAGAAGAGGAUCCUGCUGUCUUGGCAGAGAAUGCUGGAUUCAGUGCAGAUAGCUGUAGUGAGCAAGAGGAAACCACCAAAGAAGACUGGCCCCGAGACUUUAGAGAUGAAGGGUUGGAUAUCAGCACUGAUAAAGCAUAUAUAGGUGGCAUGUUGAGGAAGCGUAACCUACAGGGUUUAGAGUGAAAACAGCCAGUUUGGUGAAGUAUCCGUUGCUCUAGUCUCAAGGUGACCUUUCUCUCUGAUUUCAUCCUUGGCCCUGUGCCCUGUAUAUCCUUCUCUGUGUUCAGAUAUCAUAGCUACCAGCCCACUACCCUGGAUAUUAUGUAUCCUUCCUGGAUAUUAUGUAUCCUUCCUGGUGCUCACACACCUGUCACCUUGUAAAAUAUAGACAUUAGUGUUAACAUAAGACAGCUUCACUUUCUUCCUGCCUUUCCCCAUCAGAAAACUUGAUCCAUUGAGAAAUUAUACUUGGUAUAUCAUACUUACAGAUGGUAUCACUUGGGCAAAGGUCUGACUCUUCCUGCUAGGAGUAACAGAUGGUUUUCCUGUGAAUGAACAUCAGCUUUCGAAGAUCAGGAUGUAAGGUUCAAGAGUGAAAAUUUUAGACUCCAAAAUGCCUUAUUAUUCUUUGGGCCUUAAGCAGGUUAGUGGUCCCUUUGGGAGAAGAGUUUGUUUUUGUUUGUUGAGAUAUGCCUAGACCAGUUUAAGUCUGCCCACAAAGCUGAAGCCUCUUCCUUUUAGAGAGGGUCUUUCUAGGAGCACCAGUGUGCUCUCCCAAGUAACAGAACACUCUCAUUAACCUGAGAAUGAGCCCAUAGGCCUAUUUGGGGACUGUUACUCUUGGUAUUCCUUGGAUCUCUAGCUUACAACUGCCAAACCCAGAAGCAUCACUGAAGACCAGAGGAAGUAUAGAGACUUCACGUAGUUCCUGCCCUGCAGAGCCAAGGUUUAAGGCUGUUGAGGCUACAGGAAGGCCUACCUACGUGUAGUAGUUCGCACAAGUAGCUCAGAAGGCCAGGGAGUAAGCAGUAGGGGAGAGUACCUGUGCACUUACAGAUAGUCCUCGUCUACAAAUAGUUUCUGAAUGUUGUCCCCUUUGGAAAAUUUGUUCUUAGAACCACAUGAAUUCAAACAAAAAUGAGGACUGAGCUUGUUAGAGUGUGCCAGCACAAUAGGAAAGCUACAGUGUGUUGCAGAGAACCAACGAGGCAAUGCCUCGGGGCAGAGACUGUAUUUGAAUAUUUGGGACUUUUGAGAGAGUUGAGAAAAGUAGGAAGUAAAUUAGGACUGGAAGGAUUUUGACCAAACUAAAGGCCUCUUGUAAGCUGUUAUCUGUCACAUUUUGUGAGACAAGACAGCAGGUGUGAAUUCUGUGUAACACAAAGGGCGAAUGAUUUCAGUUACAUGUAAGACCUGAAAGUUUAAAGGGGAAUGUUCCCAAGGACAUUCCCAGACACAAAAUGGGAAGACUUAAAACUUAAGAACUGAUACAAAGGUAGAUAGAGCUUUUUAGAGUCAUUGUGCCUGGCCAUGAAUAUGAUGCCAAGCAUAUAAAGUGCUGUUAGAGGUAUGAGAUCAUAUUAAGAUAA